AUGGGAUCCAUUGGCGAGAAUUAUUCCAACGGUCAUUCGGCGGCCUCCAGCACUGGGGAUGGCCAGGGUCCCCGAAAGCCGCUCAGACAGAGCGGGCUGCUGAAUGAGAAAUUCGAAUCCGAAGACCUCACGCCCAUCAUCGGUCGGGAGUUUCCGAAAGUCAAUAUCGUAGAUGACUUGGUCAACUCCGCUGACGCGGAUACGCUCUUGAGGGAUCUCGCUAUCACGAUCAGCGAGCGGGGAGUCGUCUUCUUCCGCAAACAGGACAACUUGACGGACGAUCUGCAGAAGAAGUUCAUCCAGCGCCUCGGGGAGCUGACCGGCAAGCCACCCUCAUCGACGCUCCACAUCCACCCAAUCCUCAAUGGAUCCAGCGAGUUCGGCCAUGAUCUGGAGAUUAGCAACAUCUCGUCCGUGUCCCGCAAGAAACUCUUCGAUGCCAACGGCGAGAUCAAGAACAAGCGCAAAUACGACGCCGCGCAAUGGCACAGCGACAUCCAAUUCGAGCCUGCCCCCGCCGAUUACACGAGCUUGAGGCUAACCCAGCUGCCCAAGACGGGAGGAGACACCCUCUGGGCAAGUGGUUAUGAGAUAUACGAUCGCAUGAGCCGACCGUGGCAGCAGUUCCUCGAGGGAUUAACGGCCACAUUUAUUGGAGACGGUUUCAUCAGAGCCGAGCAGCAAGGGAGAGCGACCUUGUAUGAUCAACCCCGAGGGUCGCCGUUGAAUGUGGGCAAGCAUUUGAGUGCCGUGCAUCCUGUGGUGAGGACUAACCCGGUCACCGGGUGGAAGACUGUGUAUGCGAUUGGGACGUUCCCCAAGGCCUUCAACGAUUUGAACGCCGAGGAGACCGAAGAGCUGUCGAAGAAGUUGCACGGGAUGAUCGUGAACAACCACGACUUGCAGGUGAGGUUCAAAUGGAGGAAUGAGAAUGAUAUCGCUAUCUGGGAUAAUCGAUGUGUCUUCCACUGUGCCACGUUUGAUUACGACGGGCUGGGCGAGCGGUUUGGACAUCGCGCGGUCGGAAUCGGCGAGGCUCCGUACUUGGAUCCCAAUAGUCAGUCGAGGACGGAGGCUCUUGCUUCAUCAUAG